CCAAGUUUGCAUUUGACUUUCAUGUUUGGAAUUCAACUGCAAACCGAGGGUCCCUUCUGGACGUAAAUAUCAUGGCAGUGAAACAAGCUUCCGAGUUGUUCUUGACACUAUUAGUCCUCGUCCUCAUUCACUCCACAACCGCCGCUAACUGGAGGUCAGGUCAUGCAACCCAUUACGGCCCUUACCCCUCCGUUCCGGCCCAAUCCGAAUUUGGAUACCUCCCCAAUGAUGUUGGUGUAGGCUGUUCAACCGGAGAGCCCGGCGGAGACCCUCGCUGGAACGACAUCCUCUCCAAAGGCGUUUACCAAAACCCAGUGUACAAUCAAACCGUAUGGCCAAAACAGGCUACGGUUGCGGUAUCGGAAGCGGUGUAUGCGAGCACACCUGCCGAUAAGACUCGGGUGUGUUUCCAAAAAGUGCGGAUCAAAAGUCGAGUCAAUGGAGUAGAAUUGGAGGCUUUUAUUGUGGAUUUUUGUCCGGCUGUUGGGUGUAAUUGGUCCCAAGAAGAGCGGGGGAAUAAUGUGGAUCUCUAUGGAGAGUAUACUUGGAAAGCAUUAGGAGGGGAGGAUGGUGGGGGUAUGUUGGCUGUGGAUAUUGUGUGGCCGGAUGGACUUGGAUUGGAUUCUGGUCGUGGAUCUGGGUUGGCGGGAAUUGUUAUUGCGGCGAUUGUGGUUUCUUGUUUGGCGUUCUUGGCGACUCUUGGAUGGGCGAUAUGGUGGCAUGUCAAGCGACGGAGGUCGUUGGCGGCUUUUGAGGCACAGAAGAGUAAUUGGACUCCUGCGGCGCCGGGAGCUGGGGUGGACUCAUCGGCUGGACCGGUGACGCCGCCUCCAGUUGCGUUGACGUCGGCGUAAAAGACGUUAUGGACAUUUUGGAACUGUUACUACCUCAUUGUUACAUGUAGUCUCAUUUGUUAUACAGUACAUAAUUCAAUUUUUAUGCAUAUAGAAUCACGUACACAAAAACUUAUAUAUUAUGAAAAAAAAAUAAUGAGG